GUCUACUCGUAAAGUCUAACUCCCCAACGCUGGUGUCUCUGCGGUUUCCAUUGCAUGCCGGCGCCAUGGUGGCUCGAUUCUCAACGUUUUGGCCAACGUUUCUUCUCUGUGUACACUUAUUGUUUCCUCCGGUCGAAUGCGCGAUUCCCGGAGUCGACCUCCUGGAUCCGCCCCUGUUGGCGAGACUACCCAGGAAUAAGCUCCUCCGGUACAUCGCCUAUAAGGAUGUCUCGAUAUUACACUAUACUUUGCCUCCGGAGACUAGCGACGUUUUCUUCAGCUUUUCCGCGGUGACAGAAGGCUCGUCCAGUUGCUCGGACCACAACGUCACAGUGUACAUGAAACCAGGCAGCUACCCCGUGAUCAGCCCAGAGGGAGUCAAAUUUCCGGCUUCGUUCAUGCCGCCAGACCGCAGACUGCAAGCGCAUAAUUUAACUUUUCCGUCCGACGGAACGACUCACUGGUUGAAUCUGUCUACGCCAGUCACGGGAGAUUGGUUCGGUGUCGCUUUUCUCAGCUGGACUGAUCCGAAACUCGACAAAAUAGAACAGCAAGGCCUGGGGCCCCGUUGCGAAACUUACAUGCAGUCCGCCCUGCACGCGCUGCUGGACGAAGCUUCCCCGAGCCUGGUGCAGGACAUUGUGUAUGAUCUGGCCUCCGUCCCCGGUGAGAAACAAAAGUUACGAUUUCACGUGCCACAUGAGACCAGGUCAGCAUCCUUGAGAUUUCGACUUUUUGACAGAUUGGAUCCGGCAGGAAUGAGUGGAGGAUUUCGAAGUAAAAGCUACGAAGACGACAAUACCACCCUAUUGUACAAAUUGUCCGGACCCGGAAUUUCGCAAUCGGGCGUCGCGGCUCUGAGUAGGAAUGGAAGCGUCGAGGUGGAGAUAUCGCCGCGCAGAAACGCUUGGCAUUACAUGGAAAUAUCACUUCCUCAAGACACGAGAGCAGAAGUUGUAGACUACCGGUUGGAAUUAGAUCUCCGAGGCGAUGACACCAGCAAAUUUGACUCACCUCUUUUAAUACGUCAAAGUUAUCCCGAAUUUUUCACAUUUGAUUACGACUUGCAUCCAAUGUCAAAUGGUUCCACUCCUGCGACAAUCACACUGAGCUCAUAUCGACCCACAAGUCUUUCUUUCGGCGUAGAGAGGGUACAAGACAUUGGCGGAACUCUAGUAAUUGGUAUGGGACUGAAACCUACUGUUGAUGACGUUAAGAAAGAUGAAGUUAUGUCAAAAGCCACAUACAGCUAUAAUAAAGUCAAAGUUGUUGUGUGUAUUGGUCUAAACGUCCAGCCAACACCCGCAUUCACCAACUCCUGUAUGCACGGCUAUUUGAACAGAACAGCCGAUAUGAUUCUUAAUACCACAGACACCAUGAGUUUAGUAAAUAUACCUUUCCCUGAGCCAGGUACCUGGUUUGUGACUGCAGCUAUAUAUUGCUAUGAUGAAAAAACCUCCAAAUCUGAAAGAGACAAACUGACAGACGAAUGCAAACAAGAUAUUGUUUUUUCUGUAAAUUCAAGUCCUUGUUUGGGUGGCGGUUGUAGCGAUUAUGGAAAGUGUUACCAUUAUAUGUCCGGAGGAUUUGUAUACUCUACAUGCAUAUGCUGGAAAGGAUACAGCGGAUGGGAUUGCUCCGAUGCGUCCAGCGUUCCUAGCUCCUGGCUUUUGUUGCUGCAAACUUUAUGUCUUACGUUAUCAAACUUGAUGUUCCUAGUUAGUGUUGUAUUUGCAAUACGAAGAAAACAUUAUCCACAAGCUAUGGUUUAUGCAGCUACCAUGCUGUUUUCUGCUUUGUAUCACGCUUGUGAUUCUGGCGAGGAUGAAUAUAGUUUUUGCUUGGUUCGGUUAUCGGCCAUGCAAUUUGCUGACUUCUACUGUGGACUUCUGAGCAUUUGGAUAACUCUGCUAGCUAUAGCCAACGUCAGAGAAGGUCUGGCUUUGUUGCUUCACACUGCAGCAUCCAUUAUUUUUGCUGUUUGUACAGAAUUGGACAAACACGCAUUAUGGGUGUUUUUGCUAGCGGCUUUGUCCGGUUUGGCGGUUGUUCUUGCUUCUUGGGGGUUGCAUUACAGACGAGAAAAGCGAUUUUAUCCAACGCGUCGAUAUCUGAUCUUUUAUCUACCAUUAGGACUUGUCAUUACUGGUAUUGGUCUCAUAUGCUACGCGUUUUUGCAGACCAAUAAUAACUAUUAUAUAGUACACUCACUGUGGCAUAUGAUAAUGGCCAUCGGUGUUGUUUUACUUUUGCCUGAUUAUUCGAAUAGUAUGAGAAAAAGUGGUACUGAUAAUAGAUUAUUCGAAAACGACAGUCCAAUCAGCACAACUACAAAUGGUGGAGUGCUAAUGAACGGGGAGGCAAAUGGACCGCAUGUCUAGCAUAAGUCAAAUAUAUUCCAAAGGCUCGUGUCGAUUCUGUUCCGUUCUCAGUAUCGAAAACUUUAAAUAAAAGCCUGAUCUUGUCCAUGUUUCGAAAUAAUCCGCAUAACUCAAAAAUGCAUGUUUUUGUUCAAGUACCAAUAAUAUAAUAAAGUAAAAUCUGUGUAUUUUUCUUCACUAUAAUAUCGAAACAUGGAUGAAAUUCAUAAAAC